AUGGAGUCAGAAAAUUCAACGGCAGACAGGAAAGCAGCUUACAAAAGAAGACUAAAGGAAUUGGAGAGUGAAAUGAAUAGCGUUUUUCAAGAUAUGGAGGAUCUCAAUAAAUCACAUGAGGAAGAUUCAGAAUUGACUUUCGAAGGUAGGUUAUUUGUGGAUAGUUCAGCAUCUCAGGAUGAUUCUUCCGACACGAGGGCCGAGUUUCAAUUCAAAGUUGAUCCCAUGUGCCCAGAUAAAGUCCUGAUCUUGGAUUCAAAGUCCAUGACGGAUUCUAAAAUAAAUUAUUCUAAUUAUAAUGUUCCUCAGAAAAUAAAUACGCCUCAUUGUAUUUUAGAUGUAAUCAAUCAUGAGAAGAGUACGGAAAAAAGGGCGGAACCAGAGGAAUCUGAGACGGUUCAUGAAAAUUUCGAGUCGGAUGAGGCCUGUAUUUAUUUGGGUGAUAAUCCUUCUAAUGACACAGAAGAUUUAAUUUUGCUAGAAAGCAUCGCUAACCGCUUAAAGUCUUGGACAAAAAAGGGAAUAGGAAAAAAGGAGAUUAAGGAGGAACUCUUAUCCUCAAUCCCAAGGAAAGGUGCGGUCAAUUUAGAAGCUCCUAUUUUGAAUGAAGAAGUCUUAGUGGAUAUCCAUCCAAAAUCGCUGAUUCGUGAUGAAUUUUUUCGUGAUUAUCAAAAUUUGACAGGCGCCGCUUUAGCAUCCUCAUCGUUGGUUUUAAGUAUGAUACUAAACGACUCGCAAAAUCCUUUGGAAAGAGAAGAUGUUCUAAAAAAACUCUCAGACACAGUGAAGCUUCUCUCCGAACUAUUCUUCUCAUUGACAACAGCUAGAAAGACUUUUCUACUUGGUAGGUACGAGGAACGUGUACAAAAAAUUCUAAAGAAGGUCGAGCCAUCAGCUUUACUUUUUGGAGACAACUUAAGGUCUCUCAUAGAAUCCUCGAAGGCGAUGGAGAGGGUUUCAAAGGAGUUGAAACCAAAACAGAAAUACCAGUCUAAACCAUCUACUAGUAGCAAUUUAAACUGGAGGAGCUCUACGAUCAGAAGAGAGGUGGGUCGUGGGAGCCAUUCUUACAACCGCCAAAGGACAACCACCUCGAAACCCUCGGGAAUGCCAAUAUCAUUCAAGCAGAGGACUCCUGCAAAGAGAUAUUACACACAAUCUCAGCCUCAACAGAGGAGUCAGCGACAUUAGAGGAGAGUAAAAAUGGUCCAUCCGAUGGCAUCCAGUCUUAUCCUGGUUUCCGGCAUUGUUUCUGGAAAGCCCUGCAGAAAAAGAACUUGGAUGAUGACACAAUCCAAAUAAUGUUUGCAUCUAUGGCUGAGGGGACAGUGAAACAAUACAACUCCGCUUUGAAAUAUUGGUGGUCAUAUUGUAAAGAAGGCCAACAGGAUCCUUUUAGGGCCAAUGAAAAUAUUGUCCUUCAAUGUCUAUCGAGGAGGUUCUCAACAGGGGCAAAUUAUGGAACAUUAAAUUCCUUACGCUCAGCCAUUGCUUCGAUAAA